GUAUUUCAAAGUAAGCGCUGCGGUGGUCCUAUCUGUGUAUGGUCGUCCGACUAUAAGCCGAAAUUAUGGGCUUGAUUUCUUCUCGGAGUCAGCAAGUGGUUCAAGAAAAGGAGAUUCUAAGAGAAUGUCCAAUUCAGAAAGGUGGUGGGUGCCCAGUGGAUCAUGGGUACAAAGACCUCAGUCCAGAAAAUCUUAUGCCACCCCCUAGCCAACUCCCAAGUCCAGGACAACCUUUCCCACUGUCUACUGAACGCGAAUUGUCUUCUAUUCCAAAAGCAGAUAGUUCUAAUGGUGAAAAAUGGAUAUAUCCUUCACCCCAAAUGUUUUGGAACGCUAUGCUUCGUAAAGGUUGGCGUUGGCGAGAUGAUGAUAUCAAGCCUGAAGAUAUGAACAACAUCAUACACAUACAUAAUGUCAAUAAUGAAUUAGCUUGGCGUGAGGUUUUAAAAUGGGAAGCUCUACAUGCUAAUGAAUGUAUGACACCGAAAUUGCGUCGUUUUGCUGGGGAUGCAAAAAACUAUUCUCCAAGAGCACGUAUCCGUCGGGCCAUGGGGAGUUUAUCGUUGUCGUUUAUCGUCAAUGCAAUUACAUAAAACAGUAUCACUGUUUUUAGCCAGUCGAGUUGGCUUAGUGGUUAGUACCUCCGACUAUGUACCAGGUCCGAACCCUACUCCACGUACUCCCGUUGAGUAAACUGGGACUUAGUUCUCAUAUAUUCUCAGGAAUGGUUAUCUUGUCUGACAGUCAUUGUCUCUACACCUAGUAUUCAGGCAACAUUUCGUUAUUGUCACGAUGCAAUAUGAACGAUGUGUCAGCUCUCGUAAAUUAAUCGGGUCAGUGGCUCAAAACACCGUUUUGGCAGCAACAUUACCAUAGUCCUGUCUUUUACAUCUAUGGUAUGACGUGGUUGGAAGAUGAGAACGUUUCCUACCUGCAUCUUUACUUGUUUUCUGCCGGAAUUGUCAAUAUAUCUCAGUGUUCUUUUUUGUUGUGUGGUCAUUUUACAGUUUAGUCGCUUCCAACCAAAUAUAUAACAGGUUCAGAUAGCGGCCGGAUAUAUAUAUAUAUAUACCAAAGAUGAUAAGGAUAGCUUAUUCAUGAUUGAAAACUGAUGGGAGAACUCUGUUCUGUAUGUUGUCAACAAGCUCUACUAAACAUCAAUAAGAAAAUUGGAAGCCAUAUUCAGAUUUUCGUCUCAUUUCUUCCAUUUAUACAUCAUAAUAUCGAGUUACUGAGCUUAACAACUUUACUGUAAUGCGACAACGAGAUCAGAAGUUAGGACUUUUGGAUCACCUUAUUAACCUAACAAAAGGUUUAUUACCUACCCAUAUUUCGCAGACACUUUUCACAUCAUUCUUAAAUGUAAUCACACCCAAGGUGAAUGGGUUUUGCGCCAAUGACGAACCUUUAAAUUGUGAAUUGAAUGGCCUGUUUUUAAAAUAUUCCUUAUAAAGUCUUUUUAUGUUAGUUUAUGUCAAACAUUGUCUUUUGCAAAGCAUGGAAGUGUUUCUAAUGGUGAAUUUGUAUUUAAUCCUAUUACAAAGAACCUAAAGAUGUUUAUAUUAUUGUAAGCGAUUGCGGUUUCUGUUACCAGUCUGCAGAAAAUAUUUACAUCACUCUUCGAAUGGUCACAUCAGAGUGAAUAUUAUUGUUAAAAAAUAAAAUUGAUCGGAAUCACACCUAGUUAGGAUAUUGAUCUGUUUUCAUAUCGGUCAAAUUUUAAUGCAAUCAAUUUGCACUUUUAUGGAGUCGGUAGUCAGAUUUUUUUAUCUUUUAAGAAAUGGCUUUCGAGUUUUUUAUUUAGUGUUUGAAUUUUAUUGUAAAAAUACUAGUGAAAUUGUAACCAGUUUAUUCUACAGAAUUAUGAAACGGCGUGUACUUGUUAUAUCUUGUGGCCGAGUG